GAGUCUUUGCUUUGGUGUGCUGGUACCUCAUCGUUGAAGGGAAGAAAACACGAGCUUUUGCUGCUUAGAUCUUUGAAAAAUGUCCAGUUAGAUGCAUUGAAAAAUUUGCUCAAAGUAAGCUUACAUGUAUUGUGUUUAAGAAAGGAAGUCAUAUUCAACAACCAUUUUCUAUAGACCAGGCUAUUUUAGAGAUGUGUCAGCUGAGUUUUCUGAAGUCAUGCUUCACUUAGGAAAACACUGGUAUUUUUCCUGUGUCUUUGUCAGAGAGUUUAAAUCAAACAAAGAACCUUGAAGCAGUAAAGAUUUAAAGAUUUGAAGGGAUGGGCUUUAGAGUAAAUGUAUCCUGUUUUUAAGGAAACAGACAUUUGUCUCUUCAUGCUGUACUGCAGGUUUUUGUGCUUUGCGUGAUGAUGGGAAUUAGUUCCAAGCCAGGCUGAUGAUUGAUUGAACUGAGUCAACUUUUGUUGAGGUUUCCAAAGCAUUGCACAAGAGGUUUGAGGAGAAAAAGUUUGGGGGCAUGUGACAGUUAAUCUCAUUAGCAGUAAGAAUGAAGUUUAAGCACACUGUUCAAAAUUUACUCAGUUCUGUGCUGCUCUUUGUUUUAAUUAACAAUCUCUUGCAUAGAUUGGGAGUGUAAACUUCUUUCCACUUUAGUCCAAUUAAAUCAUGCUUGGAAGCUGUCAAUGGUGGGGGCAACUCCUCCCUACCCCCCUUCUUUUAAUUGUUCAGUGAGUCUGUUGAAUAAUGAAAGAAUUUGCCUGACAGGGUUUUGUAGUGUUUCGUCUUCUUGAUGAAUUAUUUCAGAGGAUAGACGACAAUGCAUUGGAAUGACUCAUCCAAUUCCUCAGAAAGUGACAAUGAAGCUCAUUCAGCCUUCACACAGACUGAGCACAACAUAGUUGCAGCUUACUUAAUAACAGCAGGAGUAAUAAGCAUUUGCAGUAACGUUGUUGUGUUAGGCAUCUUUGUUAAGUACAAAGAGCUUCGGACAGCAACCAAUGCAAUUAUUAUCAACUUGGCUUUUACUGAUAUUGGUGUUAGUGGCAUUGGUUACCCCAUGUCUGCAGCCUCAGACCUGCAUGGAAGCUGGAAAUUUGGAUAUACUGGAUGCCAGAUCUAUGCUGCCUUAAAUAUCUUUUUCGGGAUGGCGAGUAUUGGUUUGCUGACUGUUGUUGCUGUUGAUCGUUACCUGACCAUCUGCAGACCUGAUAUAGGAAGAAGAAUGACCACCCGAAGCUAUGCCACUCUCAUCCUUGCUGCUUGGAUAAAUGCAGUCUUCUGGUCUUCCAUGCCUACUGCAGGCUGGGCCAGCUACGCUCCGGAUCCCACCGGAGCAACCUGCACUGUAAAUUGGAGGAAAAAUGAUGCGUCCUUUAUUUCCUACACAAUGAGUGUAAUUGCUGUUAAUUUUGUUGUGCCCUUAACAGUCAUGUUUUACUGUUAUUACAAUGUUUCCCGGACAAUGAAACAAUAUGCCAGCAGUAACUGCCUGGAGAGCAUUAACAUAGAUUGGUCUGACCAAGUAGAUGUGACAAAGAUGUCUGUUGUGAUGAUUAUAAUGUUCUUGGUGGCAUGGUCUCCAUAUUCUAUUGUGUGUUUGUGGUCUUCGUUUGGAGACCCAAAGAAAAUUUCUCCUGCAAUGGCCAUCAUAGCUCCUCUCUUUGCAAAAUCUUCCACAUUCUAUAAUCCCUGCAUUUAUGUCAUUGCAAACAAAAAGUUUCGGAGGGCGAUCCUGGCAAUGGUGCGAUGUCAGACAAGGCAAGAGAUAACCAUAAACAAUGCUUUGCCCAUGAGUGUGUCUCAAAGUGCAUUGACAUCGCAGAACUCCACUCAUUUGCCUGCAUAA